AUGAAGCACCUCGGAAGGUCCAUAGUGCUGUUGGCCGCGUGUCUGUUGAACUGGGCUGUCGCUGGGCCAGAGUGCCUGCUGUUGCUGCCACCUGAUGCCACUGGACGGAAGGGCUGUGUAACGGCGGCAGCAGUGGACGAGGCGUUCUCGCAGGCCCGUCGCGCCGUCGGAUUGGACCGUCCUCCAAGGGAGCCAACGCCCGUCGCCUUGGACCUGCUUGGGGCUGCCCUUCACGAGACAACGCGGCUGCUCGCCAACAGGUACGGGCUGUCGCGAGGCGACGUCGGCGAGCUGUCUCGGGUGGACACGCUGCGCACGUCGGUUCUGGCCUUCUGCCCGCCGCACCUGCAGAAGGCGCGCCUCGCAACCCCCUGCCCCGUGAUCCGCUACCGGCGCUACGACGGCGCCUGCAACAACCUGCGCCAUCCGCAGUGGGGCGCCACGGGACACCCCUUCAGCAGGCUGCUGCCGCCUGACUACGCCGACGGAGUGAGCGCGCCGCGCGCCUCCAGCCGGUCUGACUUCCCGCUGCCCAACCCCCGUCGCGUGUCCGUCGCCGUGCACGCCCACCGCGACAGCCUGGAGCACGCCGUCACCAUGGCGUUCGUCGCCUGGGGGCAGAUGCUCGACCACGACCUCACGCAGACCGCCGAGACCAAAGCGUCGUUCACGCAGACAGACCCGGACUGCUGCGGCUCGGACCGCGGCCACCGCAACUGCCUGCCACUGAGCCUGCCCCGCGACGACGCCUUCUACCGCCAGCACGGCCAGACCUGCAUGAGCGUGCUCCGCUCCAGCGCCGCCGUCCCACAGGAGUGCCGACUCGGUCCACGAGCGCAGCUAAAUGAAGUGACUUCAUACAUAGACGCUGGUUUUGUGUAUGGAUCCGGAAUGCGAUUAGCGUACAAACUGAGGACCAGGCGUGGUGGUCAAAUGAGGACGCUGCGUGCAUUCCCGCAUCACGGACUUAAAGAUUUGUUACCUCUCAAAGUUGAUUUCCCUGAUGAAGGCUGCAUACGUCCUAGGAAAGAUAUCUUCUGUUUUCUGGCAGGUGACAUUCGAGUAAAUGAGCAACUAAUAUUGACAGUUCUUCACACAGCACUAGUUAGAGAGCAUAACAGGAUUGCAAAAGAACUGUCUUACAUAAAUCCACACUGGUCUGAUGAAAAACUUUUCCAGGAGACAAGACACAUUAUUGCAGCACUUGUUCAACACAUUACAUAUCAUGAGUUUUUACCCAUGCUCCUGGGGCGCAAUUCAAUGGAAAAACAUGAACUUUCAGUGUUGGAUGAAGGUUAUUUGAAUAAGUAUGAUCCAACAGUAGAUGCUACAAUGACCUCAUCAUUUGUUACAGCAGCCUUUCGAUUUGGCCAUUCUCUGUUACCAAAUGUUGUUCAGCGCUGGAGUGUGAGUCAUAGGUUCAUUGGUGCUCAGCGUCUGAGUGGAAUGUUGAAACAGCCAUUUGAUCUUUACAAGCCUGGAAGAUAUGACCAGUAUGUAAUGGGAAUGAUUAACCAAGUGCCACAAGCAAUGGAUGAUGGCAUUACUCAAGAGGUGACAAAUCAUCUCUUUCAGAAACCAACUCAUCAUUAUGGAAUGGACCUUGCUUCACUAAAUAUUCUUCGAGCAAGAGAACAUGGCAUUCCUAGUUACAAUGAAUUUCGCGAGUUCUGUGGACUCCAACGAAUGGAUCGUUUCUCAAGCAUGCUUCACAUAAUGGAUAAUGCUACUGUUGGCCAUUACCACAAGGUUUAUGACCAUCCAGAUGAUGUGGACCUCUGGUCAGCAGGAAUAGCAGAAAGGCCUCUGCCAGGAAGCAUGGUUGGGCCUACAUUCAAUUGUAUUAUUAGUAAAAUGUUUCAAAAGUUGAAAUUUGGAGACAGAUUCUGGUAUGAAAAUGAUGGAUGGCCAAGCAUGUUUAGCCUAGAUCAGCUUAAAGAAAUAAGGAAAGUACGUUUGUCUCGACUGUUGUGUGAUUCUGGUGAUGAAAUACAAGCAGUGCAGUUAUAUGCUAUGGUGUUACCAGAUUCAAAUAAAAAUCCUCGAGUCACAUGCAAUAGCAAGCUUCUACCUAGAUUGGAUUUAACAAAAUGGAAGGAUCAGAGCUUACAGGAUAACCUAUCAGAAGUUAGAUUAUCUGAGGAAAUUUUACCCGACAAUGAAACUGAAGUGAUGGAUCCAAACAUAGACUUGGUUUUCCAGGUUCCUGAUGAAACAGAAGAGGAUAAUGUGACUGACAAUUUUGUAUCACUCUUGAAUGGAAUGGACUGAAGUAUUAGAAUGACACUUAUACCCUGUUUUCACAAAUUAAUUUGACUGAUUUGAUUUACAUUUUCCUGAUUUUAAUUUUGGAUUUUGUGUCCUUUUACAUUCAUAGGAAAUGGUGGUUUUAUUAAAACUAAAAAUAGCAGUAUAUCAUUUAGCGAACAAAUAUGGGAUAUUUCAGUAAUGUUUCUAUAAAUGGGUGAACAUGAGAAAGAUUUUAGCUUUCAUGUCAUUGAAAUUAGUGUACAAGCUGUUAUGGCAGUUUUUCAUCUGAUGUCAGUAAAGCUUAGAUAUAAAAAAAUGUUAACACAUUAAUAUAUGAGUUGUUGAAAGAUACUCCAUUUUAAAAUGUCAUGCAUAAGAUGUUAUACUCAUUUGAAUAUGAAAUAAAUGAAAUUAAAAUCAGA